GAGAGAGAAGAAGAGUUUAACCCCUCCUCGUGUUCUUCUACUCAUGGUGUUUUAUGGCGAGCUCGUUUGAGAUUCUUCGCGUGGAGUCGCGGACGUAUUUAUAGAGCCGCGCGCGGACUCGCGAGUUCACGCACGUAGAAUCGCGCGCGCACCUUCUCCUCGAGGAGCAGAGGAGAGGAGAGGAAAAAAGAGGAAAGAAGAGGUGGUGAAGGUGCGGAAAAGACGGGCGCAGAGAAGGAGAGAGGAAGGAUAGGGAGUGCACGAGACAGAGAGGGAACGAGAGGACGACGAAAGCGUCGACGGAGGGACGAGAAAGGGGCACGUUGCGAUCAUGAAGCGAUGCAUCCGCGACAGGAGCACCGGCCCGCUUCGUCGUCGAGCACGUCCUCGACGUCGUCGAACUGUCUGCGCUCGCUGCCCCCACUGGCAGGCCUCCUCGAUCCAGCGGGUAUGAUCGCUCGGCUGUUGGGGGCGAACGCGGCCCUCCUGCUCCUCCUGCUAUUUCUCGCCACGACACGCACCGCUGUCUGCCUCGACCAAGCAUCGAGCGGAAACGGAACGUUCGUGACCAACGGGAACAAUAGCAUUAGCUGGCAGCGCGUGGUCGGUCAGGAUUCUGUUGUGGAACAAUUACCAAAGAACAGAUCCACAAAAUUAUCGUACUUCACAAAUUGGAGCGAAUGGAGUGUGUGUGAUCGACACUGCACGCAGAAUCGCGUUCGAAGGUGUCGCGAGAAGAAAAAAUGUGGUACCACGAUACUUAAGGAAGAACGAACCUGUCAACACAAUAGAAAAAGUAGAUGGAGAAGGUGCAAGCAACAUCAACGAAGAGGUCAUCGACAAAAAUUUGAUAAAUUUCACGUGAUUCAGAUGCCUAAAAAAGAAGCUGCACCUAGACAAGGAAGACAGAGAGGCAAGGACCAAUCUGUAGGGUAUUACGGAAAGUGGAGUAAAUGGUCACCUUGUACAAGAUUGUGCACUACUCAACGUCAUAGGUGGUGCAAGAAACCUGGAAUUUGCGGACGCGAUGUGAUAAGGGAAAGUGCUUAUUGUUACGUCGAAGGUAGCUUCUGCCAAAGAUGGAUCCAUCGAAAAAUUCGUGGGAAUCAAGAAGAAGAUGAUGCAGUAUUAGACGAGUUCGAGUUGAAUCCCAACACGGUGGACAGUUUCAUCCCCGAGAAAAAUUCUAAUAUUUGGAAAUGUGGAGUCCCGAGUAUUCAAAAAACUUCUCGUCUUUCUUACUUUACAAGAAUCAUCGGUGGACGACCGUCGACUCCAGGAAGUUGGCCGUGGCAAGUAGCCGUAUUGAACAGAUUUCGUGAAGCUUUCUGCGGAGGUACUUUAGUGUCUCCAAGAUGGGUAUUAACUGCUGCUCACUGCAUCAGAAAGAGACUUUACGUUCGCAUUGGUGAACAUGAUUUGACAGUGAAAGAAGGCACUGAAUUGGAAUUAAGAGUGGAUUCAGUCACAAUACAUCCCGAAUACGAUGCAGACACGGUGGACAAUGAUGUUGCAAUGCUUCGUCUUCCGGUCACUUUAACAGCGUCACCAUCCAGAGGAAUUGCUUGCCUUCCGGCGCCUAACCAACCUCUACCUGCCAAUCAAUUGUGCACAAUUAUUGGCUGGGGAAAGUCGCGAGUCACAGAUGAUUUCGGCACUGAUAUUCUUCACGAGGCUCGAAUACCUAUAGUAUCUUCAGAAGCAUGUCGAGAUGUUUAUGUAGACUAUAGAAUCACCGACAACAUGUUUUGCGCUGGAUAUCGUCGAGGAAAAAUGGAUUCUUGCGCAGGAGAUAGCGGUGGUCCUCUUCUGUGCCAAGAUCCUAGAAGAGCCAACCGGCCCUGGACCAUUUUUGGUAUUACCAGUUUUGGCGAAGGAUGUGGGAAACGAGGGAAAUUUGGAAUUUACGCCAGAAUGUCGAACUAUGUUCGCUGGAUCAGCAGAGUGAUGAAAGAACCGAUGACUUCAAUUAAAACUUUCAUAACGCUCGUGUGCUUGGGUUCUAAUUAUCGUGCUCAGUGCUAUUAACUGCUGUUCAGUGAUCUUUAGCUAAGAACAAUAUCCAGUGUACUUUUAAUUAGAUAUAAGAACGAAUAAUCGUUUUGAAACGAGUAAUUAUUACCACUUAAAGCGAAUGCCAUUUAUUACUUUUUUCCUUUCUACCGACACGAUGCCACAUUGUAUAUGAAUAGAGACUAUUUAACAUGAGUGAAUCUUGUUAAUUUCAAGAAUCGAAUACAAAAUCUCUUCAUUUCUAAACUCUUUAUUCAAUUAUACGAAACGUAAUGUGAAAAAAUCGUACGAUAUACAUAUUUGUGCAGAUUGAUUCUGCUACCUUUGGAGCAGUAAUCAAAAAGGAACGGUUUGAAGAUAGACAUUAAAAAAAAAAAGAGAGAGAGAGAGAGAAAAUGGAAUCAUCAAAUGAGCGUUGUGACAAAGAGAACGAUGAAUCGUUUUAUCCGUAACCACGAUCCAUGCCACGAUUGGAUCGUGGCGCCAUCUUUCAUGCUUUGGAACCUGAUGGCGGAUACGCUAAAAUAGGUGCAGAAAACUUCACCACAGUGACAAUUAACAAGAGUAUUAUAAAGAGCUUUUCUGGAUUUCACGAUUGGAUAUAUCGAUAAUAUAUCAUCUGUUUUAUCUUUUAUAUUAUCAGUUUCACAACAACACCUUGAAUAUUCGUUCCAUCUAAUUGGAACGGUUUCAAUUGAACUUGCACUUGGAGAAAUCCAUCUCGGGAUGCUGUUCCAUGAACCUGGAAGGAAAAAUUUAAGAUGGUUAGAUAUUCUGCGAUAUUCAUGCUGAUUUAUGCUCGUGAUGUCGUACUUUUUGAUCACAUCCUGCUUCUUCUGCUCGUCGGACGUUGGCAAACCCAGCUCCUUUUGUCUCUGGUCGUACAUCAUCUUCUCCACGAGGCCUCUAGUUUCGCCAUCGAGAUCGGAAAGCUUGCUCGGCUCGGGAUUCACUUUCUUCGUGCUGAUCUCCGGGUCGCAGGUUACCACGUGCGCCCACCAUUGCAUUUUGUUCACCUGUGAAAACAGUCGACGAUUCUUGCCUUUAGUAAUCGUAAAAUAAAAGUAACGCAAGAUGCAUAUUAAUAUCUGAAAGUUGAAAGUUAAUUUGUUUCAAAUAUUUAAAUUGGUAAUUGGUAAUAAAAAGAAAAUUAA